GUGCCCACUCUAGCUCUGUGCCCAGUCUCCGGCGCGCCUCGACAGAUCAGGCACAGUUGCGGCUGGACGUGGUGUAGUGUGGGCCUCACCCGCGAGACGCUGGCUAGACGGCAUCCUCUCUUGCCUUGCUGUGUGAAAAUCCGCGAGGCAUUCUCAAGGAUGGCUGUAGAGGGCAUGGGGGUGCCCAGCUUCCUGGUGGGGAUGUUGUGUAUGGCUUCUCUCAGCUCCUGCUUCAAUCUGGAGCCUCUCGAAGCACAAGUGUACCACUACCCUUACUUUGGGACCCAAGGACGGGAGUCUUACUUCGGUUUCUCUGUUGGUCUUCUGCAUAACAGCAGGAACAACACAAAUUGGGUUCUGGUGGGUGCUCCCCGCGCCAACUCAAGUUUCUACAACCCAACCCAGAUCACUGAACCCGGAGCCAUGUUCAAGUGCAAUCUCGAGGGACGUACUUGCGAGGAGGUGAUCGUAGACAAAAAUGGUAAUACAGAGGUCAUCAACGAUAUAUUUGAGUACAGUUACCAAGACCUUAAAAAUUAUGGCUGGCUUGGAGGAAGUUUGGACAUCCAGCCACACUUUGAGGAAGACAGACAAGUUACUGGGGUGUGUGCACCACGAUGGAGCAACCAGCGGCAUCACACUCAGCAUUACAUGAACGGCGUGUGCUACUGGAUGGAUAACUCCGCUUCUCCUUUGAUGAUCAACAAGGAGUUGCCUUUAGUUGCUGAAACAAAGCAAACAAAAUUUUAUUCGGGCUACAAUUUUUACCACUACGCCCAUGGACAAGCUGGCAUGUCCAUCCACUUCCCAGAUGACCAAACCCAGUUCAUAGUUGGAGCUCCAGGUGUCUUCAACUGGCAUGGAUCAGUAAUACUUUUUAAGGACUAUCAGUGGGACAAUCCCGGGGGUGUAUCAAGGAGAAGACGGCAGGCAAGGCACCAAAUGUUUCAAACUGAGCUGGUGCCUGACCCCUUGUACGUCACCACUCUCAAUGACUUUGAAAUGUUUGGGUACGCCGUCACUUCAGGAAGAUUUAUGUCAAAGAAUAAGAUACUUUAUGCAGGUGGUGCUCCUCGAGGUGCUGGCUUUUAUGGCAAGGUUAUUGUUUUUAGUUUUCCUGUGAGCGAGUAUGUAGACUUGGGUACAGUGAGGGUGUUGGAGGGUGAGCAGCUGGGUGAGUACUUCGGAGCAGCACUGACAGCAGCAGACAUCAAUGGCGAUGGGCUGACUGACCUGGUUGUUGGCUCACCCAUGUAUUCUCUCCCCAAUCAUCCUGAUGUGGGCAGGAUUCAUACCUUUGUCAGUGAAAAGGGAAAAGGGCUUCUUGAUCGUCCAGAGCCUCACUAUGGCAAAAAAGUGAGCCUUGCAAGGUUUGGCACAUCGCUAGCAUCUCCUGGAGACCUUAAUGCUGAUACUUUUGAAGAUAUUUUGGUGGGAGCACCUUGGGAAGACAAAGGAGCAGUGUAUGUCUUUUUGGGGUCAAGGAAUGGCCUCCGGCAACAGUACUCACAACGCCUCUCUCCAGAAGACUUUACUCCUGGCCUCAGAGGGUUUGGCAUGUCAAUGUCACGAGGCAUUGACAUAGAUAACAAUGGCUACCCAGAUGUGGCCAUUGGAAGCAUUUCGUCGGGUCAUGUGGCAGUAGUCAAGACUAGACCAGUGGCAUUAUUGUCUGGCUGGGUCAUUGCCAACCCAUCUAAUGUGCCCUGGGAAGGAAGGGUAAACCUCAACCUCACAACCUGCCUCCACUACAAGGGAUACAGGGUUCCAAGGGUCUCUUCUCUUCAAGUGUCCCUCACCCUGGACCAUGGAAGCCCUUCCCCUCGUGCCUCCUUCAGGGACAACUCAUUCAUCCACAACUUCACUGAGAGCCUGGUUGCCAACAGUAGAGACCCAGUUUGUCAGACUCACCAGGUGACUGUCAAGGAAAAUAAACUUGACCCUGACCAACCUCUGGAAAUGAAACUGGAGUAUGAUCUUAUUGUCGCUCCUGAAACCGAGUUUAUGAAGCGACCCAUGACAAACCCUACUGAGAAACACAGCAGCACAUCUCAAGUGAGCAUUUCAAAGGGAUGUCAGGAGAAGACCUGCAGAGUGGAUAUGAUGUUUGAUGCAGAUCUUGGUCUUGGACAAGACCAGAAGCUGGUGGUGGGGCAAAAAAACAACCUGGUUCUGCGCACAGUUGUGUCUAACAGUGGUGAGCCUGCAUACCUCCCCACCAUAAAUGUGACUGUGGGGCCGCCUCUCACUCUCAUGCUGCCCCAGUCCCAUGACUGUAAGUUCUUCAGUGCUGAUGUGAGGACCUCGCUUGAGUGCAGACUUUCCAACCCAAUCAAGAAUAGUAUCACGGACGUUGUGGAGGUGAAUGUGGAUACCAGCUUGUUGACAGAUGGCUCAGGUAACCCGUGGAUACAGGUCAUUGUUAGUGGAGAAGGAAAUGAGUUGCAGCCUCAGGAUAAUCGUUUGUUCAUGAGCCUCCCUCUGAAAGCUCAGGCCAGCCUGGAACUAUAUGGAGAUUCCAAGGAAGAACAAGUAUUUUACAAGCAUGUGGGUGAAGACAACAUCAAUGCAACAAUCAACCCAAGAUUUAUUCACACGUUCACAUUAGUGAAGAGGGGACCGACACCUCUUGGGCAGGUGGAUCUGACCAUUGAUAUUCCUGUCAAUAUCACAGAUGGUCAAAAACUAGUCAAGCUUUACCCUCCAAAGACAAAUUUCUUGAAUCAGCCAAUCCAGUGCAAGCUGAGCAGUGGGAGUUUUGAGAAAGGUGAAGUGAAUCAAGCAAGUGGCAUAUCCAUUGAUGACAGCGAUAAAACUGGAAGUAAUACAAAACCUUCCUUGAAGCCCAUAAUUGUGAGUGCCAAUAAGGACGUAGGUGAUGGGAUCCAGUACUUCAACUGUUCCUCAAGCCUAAUACGAUGUGCACAGCUCUCCUGCCACAUAUACAACUGGCCAGUGGACGUAGAGUCAGCUAAAGUUAUUAUGGAGAUGGAGGUUGAUCUUAGUGUCAUGGCCAAGCACGUAUCUGUUAUGGGAGGAGCAGUCCUGAUGACCUCAGGAAGUGCCAGGAUCCAGUCCCUCUCAGCUCUAAUGGAAUUUAGUGGUUCAAGGGUGGCAUAUGAGGAGGUGGUGACUCAAAUCCAGCCUGAGUCUCUUCUGGCCAAGGGGAUCCCCUGGUGGGUUAUCCUGCUGGCUGUGCUUGGAGGCCUCUUGCUCUUGGGACUCCUGGCUUACGGAAUGUACAAGGCUGGAUUUUUCAAGCGCGAGAAAAUGGAGGAAAUGAAGGCCCAGCAAGCACAGAUUAAUAAAGCAGAUUAUGGAUCAUCUAAUCAAGGUCUUGUUGGAGAAUAGAGGAGUCUGGUCACUGCUGUGUUUGUGCCAAAGAAUUUCUUCAGUCAACCAAUUGGUAGGUUAGUGUGGAGGCUCCCUAAGAUGUCAGCAAAGUGGUGGGAGGAAUUAUUGUUUGACCAGUAAACAUACUUUGGUGGGAAUCAAGGGUGUAAGUGUUAUUUAGGUGUGUGGAUAAAGUGACUUCAGGUUCAUUAAUGUUGUGAUCUCAUAUAGUGAAGAUGAUUAGCUCAUGUACGGAGAUUCAUUUAUUAUAUGUGGCAUGCUUGAAUAUUGAUAAUAUUACCUUACUUGUUAACUUGGAACAUAUAAGAAACUCUAUUUGAAAUGAAUAUAAUUAGGAUAUUUUAUACUUGUGCCUUGAGUGCAUAGAAAUCUCUCUCCCUUUCACAUGAUUUUUGUCCAUUUUUAAGUGCAGAUAUAAGCUAAUUAUGCACAUGACUUAUAAUCAGGGGCGAAAUGGCAUAUAUCCUGUGUUACAAACUAAGCAGCACAUUUAUUGAAACUAGUGUGUAGCAGUCUAGUCAUUAUUUUGUUUUUUAUUGAAUAGUCUUUCCAAAUUUGUUAGUUCCAUGGAAUGGUGACUUGUGCCAGAUUAUCAAGCAAGAUCACUCUUGGUCUUGCUUCUCUAGUUAUACACAGUCUGCUCACAAGCACUAGGGAGUGGGUGGAUGUGUUUUAGGUUUUACAUGUACACAGCUUAUUUCUGAAGUGAUAUUUAUAUGAAAUGUAGGUGACACUUUUUAAAUACUUAAAAUUCUGUCCUUCCUGACUUUCAAAUUAUUCACUGCCAUGUGUAUGUGUCUGAAAUAUUUAUAGUUCUGGAAAAAAUGUUUGCAAACUUUUUUUUAUAAGAUUUAGAUACCUUACAAAUUUUGCACACCACUAAUACCAAAGAUUCACAAGUAUUGUGUUGCAUAAUCAUUUGUGUAGUUUUUUUGUGUGAAAUUCCUACUAGAAUAAGUUAUAGUGACUUUCUCUGUGCUGAGCUUUGGUUCACAGUUCACAUGUCAUUGUUAUCAUCAUUGUCAUCAUUAUAGCAUAAGUAUAUCAUCAUUAUUUUUAAGGGUUUACAGUAAUUGGAGCAGGUGAAUGAUAUGUGAAAAAGCAAUAGACCGCAAAGAAGUUAGGUGUGAACAUGAUAGUCAGAGCUGUCAUUGAGGAUUGUCAAGGCUAGUGAACAACUGUUGGAGAUUAGGCAGUAGCAAGGCCAAUACACUAAUAAUAUCAGUCCAAUGCUUGUGACACCAGUGUUACUUCAAAGCAGAGCUGCCUCCAUCUAGUCCCAGCAUGAAACGAGGGAUAAUUAGUUUAUUUAAUGAGGAGACUGUUAUUUAGACUUCAGAAAUGGUCUUAUAUCCAAUCAAGAAGGGAACAUUGUAUUUACUUGGCUCAUUGUGAUAUACAGUCAAUGACCUAUGAUUGUGGGUCGUGGUUGCUGACCUUUGUAUUCUCUUGAUGUUAUUUAUGUCUCUGUUUAUGAUCAGUGCCACUAUCAACUGCCUUAUCAUCUCUGUCCAUGUAGUGAAAUGCCACUCUUAGAUUUGUCAACUGUUGGCAAGUCUCUGAUAAUCUUCUUAAUGUGACUUAUACACAAUUAUACACAUAAUGUGUAUGAUUUUAUCAAAGUAAAAAUAUUAUGGCGUGUAAUGGAAACUCAACAAUGAUUACAGAAGAAAUUAUGGCUACUUCGGUAGCUACUAUUUUGAAAUGUCAUUACACGGACACAAAAGACCUAAAAGUUAAUUGAUACAGUUUAGAACAGAACAACAGUGAUUGCAACAAGACUUAAAUAUUUAAGUAAUACGAACUAGGGCAUUUUCAUCAUGGAGUUAUUGAGGAUUUUAUAUUAAAAGUAUAUAACACUAA